AUGGCUAGGGGAGAUGCGUACCCAGCUCCCGUCCAGGAGAGGGAUAGUAGUGGGCGAUAUGAUGGCGUUAAGCGGCGUAGCAAAAGCCUAAAACAAUGGCAUGAAGAAUCAAUGAUCGACUUUAUGCAAAAAAAGAAAGCUGAUGCAUCGAGACGCGAAGGGAGAGAGGGAGCAGCCAAGCAGCACCGCAUGUUUCACGCUUCCCAUGUCAUGCGUGGAAUGCCCUGGGGCUGA